AUGGCUGAUCAGGGGUUCCCCUCGCUUCCCACACUUCCCUCCUCUACCAUUUCCUCCCCCUCAAGACCGUCUGUUCUUCCCCUAUGGAAGAAUCUACUCACCACCACCCCACAAAUCUCCACUGAUUUUUCCCACUCCCUCUCCUAUACUCCCACCCAAAACUUUACCGCCAAUUUCACUGCUGACCAGUAUGUGGCUGGCGCCCCGGAAUGGUCUUUAUCGCUGGUUGGUUACUCCAUUGGGAAGAGGCCUUUUUACGAAGCGCUUCUCUCGACGAUCAAAAAGGCAUGGCAACUUAAAGGUGAGCUUUCCCUGCUCACCAUGGAUGAUGGUUUCUUUCUACUCAAAUUCACAGCCCUAGAAGAUUACGAGCAUGCAUGGACUGGAGGGCCCUGGUUCUUUUUCGGUAAGCCCUUCAUACUUCAAAAAUGGAGCCCAGAUUUCACUCCAAAGCGUGAGGAAUUCCCGUCAAUACCUUUAUGGAUCAAAAUCAUGAAUCUUCCGCUUUCUUUAUGGACGCCUGAAGGUAUCUCUAAACUUGCUAGUUGCGUUGGUAUUCCGAUUGCUGUCGAUGCUUUAACUGCGGCGAAAACUCGCCUGACUUUUGCGAGAGUUUGUGUACAAGUCACUAGCAAUUCUCCUUUACCAGAAGAAAUUUUCUUUUCUGUUGAUGGAAAAAUUUCUCCUCUUCGUGUGCAUUACGACUGGAAGCCCGAACACUGUUCACAAUGUGGUUCGAUCAUGCAUCCCCCAACGCUUUGCCCAAAAGACCCCAUUACCAAGCCCAUUAGUAACAAUAAUACUAGAGGAAGAAGCUCAAGCAGAAAACCCCGUCCAUCCCCACCUCCCAGGCUUACUAUUCCUAAACCCCCACUUCAAACCAAACCUUCUCCCAACAAUGAUGUUUCCACUCAACCACCAAAUACCCAACCUCCCACGAAAAUCACCACAGCCCCCCCCACAAAAAUCAACACACCUCUAUCUAUUCCUAAUCUGAAUUCCCCUUCGGGUGAACUACAGGAUUCCACAGACAUGUUUCUAAAAACAACAGCUUCUAAGCCCAUCAUUACAUCCAAUAAAUUUCAGACGUUGGGGGAUGUUGACCCGACUGAUGUGUUGCAGCCGCAAAACACAUCUCUGAUUUCUUCUCCUACAUGCAAAAACCAAAUGCCAACAACUUCAGCCAAAGCUCCUACCACUCAAAACCAAAACAGCCAACCUCAAACCUCUCCCCGUUUCCAUCAGCCAAACAUUCCCCCAAUUGCAACUGAGACUUCAGGCUCUUCCUCUAGUAGCUCAACAGUUCAUCUUGAUACAAACCAAAACCAAAAACAACCUCGAGGCAAAGCUAAAAAAGCCUCUACCCCCAACAAAAAAUCAUAA